GAGGCAGCCUACAUCAAGCUGGGAGAGGCCUUUGCGGCUCUGACGGCGAAUGGAGAGCCUGUGCAGACUGUGCUUGCCGGGGACCGGAAGCAGCUUCGGCCACGCUGUUUCAGCAAGGUGGCCGAAAGCAUGCAUGGCAAGUACAGUCUGUUCGAUUUGGCCGCCGACAGUGGAUUCUUCGAGGAUGAUGGAUUGAGGCCGAAGGAGGGGCUUGGUGUGAUGCUGCGUCUCAACUAUCGGGCCCACGAGAAGUUGGUGAGGGAGGUCUCCUGCCUGUUUUACAACGGACUGAUGAUCCCUGGCCCAGCUAGCCUCCCCUCCAACAGCCUGCUGCUGCUGCGUUUCGGGCUGGAGAGACUGGGACUCGACGCGAACCAGAGCGCCAUCCGCUGGGUGGACAUUGAUGGUGCAAUGCAACGCGACCCCCUCACCAGGUCCCUCUUCAACGUAGUGGAAGCCGACGCUGUGGUGUCCGUGGUGGACUCGCUGUGCCGGUGCAUCCCCCCCCAACAGGUUACGGUGCUUGCACCGUACCGUAAGCAGGUGGCGGUGCUCCGGGAGAAGCUCCCCCGUGACAUCACUGUCUUCACUGCGGACGAGGUGAUAGGCCAGGAGCGGCCUGUAAUUGUGGUGUCACUGGUACGAAGCGACCGUGGAGAAGACAACGCGCGUGAUCAUGGGGUGGGCUUCUUGAGGGAGCCAAACAGGGUCAAUGUUCUGAUCAGCCGUGCCAAGGAGAUCGUGAUCCUGGUAGGCUCCAGGGCCCACUUCAUCAGGAGUGGUGUUGGCUUUUGGGGAAUCCUCCCAACCAGGACUGAACCCCUCCCGGCACAGUUCUAAACAUGCUACUUAUUUAUUUCCAACUUUUCGGGACUUAUUGGUGAUUUCAUAUGGCGUGAAACGCUUCCCUUUGAAUAAUUACCUCGACACUGUUUUUGAUACUAAUCUUAUGAAUUUUGAUAACCUUAUUUUACAUGUAAUGAUAUAUAAUGUAUUUUGAACUGACCAUACUUGGUGACCUUAGACACAUAAACUAGUGAAUCCUUGAAAUAA